UGGAAACCUAGACUACUAUAUUUACAAACCUUGGGUACACGUUCUGGUGAUUUCAAGAUUUAAAAUCUAAAUAAAUAAGUUUCAGGGAACAGUUUUCGAUGGGAAACAAAGAAAAGAAGAAAAACAAAUAUAGAUCCAGAUCGAGAGAUCGAUCAAGAUCAAGGGAACACAAGAAGAGAAAGAAGGAAAAAAGAAGGCCAUCUUCAUCUGAAGAAAGUUCGGAUGAAUCAGACGCUAGCAGAUCAAGGUCAUCUAGACAUAAAAAGUCGAGUAAACACAAAUCACAUAAACAUGACAGACGUAAACAUUCGCAGUCACCUGAUCGUAAAAAAUCUAAACGAGCUGAACCAAUUGACCCUGAGAAACGGAAAGAAGAAAUCAGACAAGAAAAAGAAUUAAUAAAAGCUUUAGAAACACCUGAAGAAAAGCGAGCAAGAAGAAUGGCUAAAAAAGAAUUAAAAGAAAGAAAGAGGAAAGAAGAAAUGGGUUGGGAUAAAGAUUAUGUUGGUUAUUCUAAUGCUGAUAAUCCAUUUGGUGAUGAACAUUUAAUGGAUACGUUUGUGUGGAAUAAAAAGUUAGAUAAAGAAGGAAAAAAAGAUAUGAAUGUCGUAGAUUUACAACGACAUAAUAAAAUCAAGAUGGGAGAAAAUAGAAGAGAAUUAGAGAAAGUGAAGAAAAGACGACAGGAACGUGAGAAACAGAUGGAAGAACGAGAUCAAGAACGAGAACAAUUACAGAGAGAGAAAGAAGCUGAAUAUUAUAGAACAUGGGAGUUACAGGAAGAUAGCUUUCACUUGAAUCAAGCCAAGAUGAGAUCACAGAUUCGUAUUCAAGAUGGCAGAGCUAAACCUAUAGAUUUAUUGGCCAAAUAUAUUAGUGCUGAAGAUGAUAAACUGGCAAUAGAGAUGCAUGAACCAUAUACAUAUCUUUAUGGUCUGACGAUUACAGAUUUAGAAGAUUUAUUAGAAGAUAUUAAAGUUUAUUUAGAAUUAGAGCAGGGAAAGAAUGCUGAUUAUUGGAGAGAUAUUAUCACAGUGUCGCAGGAUGAAUUAAAUAAAUUACGAAAACUAGACACCACUAGUAGAGAAUAUUUCGGUGAUCGGCGUGAUGGGAUAAAUCAAGCGGUAACUACGGAAGUAGCAGACGUAUUUAAAGGUAAAUCAACCAAUCAGCUGAAACUAUUGGAAACACAGAUAAAAAGUAAACUAGAAGGAGGAGAAGGGAUUGAUAUUGGAUACUGGGAGUCGUUAUUACAACAAUUAAAAGCUCACAUGGCCAGAACGAGGCUGCGUGAACGACAUCAAGAUGUAUUACGACAAAAACUGCACGAAUUAAAGAGAGAGCAAGGUAUAGAACCUACUCCAUUAUUUCCUGUUAAAACUGAAGAUGGUGAAAAUAACAUAUCGACAUCUAGCCCAGGCGACACCACCACUAGUAGAACUAUAGAUCAAGUUGACAUUAAACAGGAAGAACAGCCAUCGACGUCUGGUACAACUGAGGCACAACAGACUGAAGAAGGAAAAGAUAACUCUGAUGAUGAUGAUGAUAGUUCAGAGGAAGAGAUAAUAACAGAAGCUGAUAUUGAACAAGGUUUUAUUGAUGAGUACGAAGCAGGAGGAUAUUCACCGAAACUAAUGCAACCGUCGAACCUCGAUAUUGAUGCCGUUGUUUAUGAUCCCGUUGAUGACCUCAAGAAACUGGAGCUAGCCAGAAGUCAAGUACAAAGUACUGGUCGAGUCAGGCUUGACGGAGAAACAGAGUUUGAGAAGAAAGCAAGGGAAGGCAUGAAUGAUGAUGAAGCCACGUUUAGUGUAGAAGUAGCCUUGGAUAGCCAGGCUUUUCUAUGGUCUGAUAAAUACCGUCCUCGUAAACCCCGAUUUUUUAACAGAGUUCACACGGGUUUUGAAUGGAAUAAAUACAAUCAAACACAUUAUGAUAUAGAUAAUCCACCACCAAAAAUUGUUCAAGGAUAUAAAUUUAAUAUAUUUUAUCCUGAUUUAAUAGAAAAAUCGAAAACACCAGAAUAUACAGUGACCCCAUGUGAGAAUGAGAAAGAUUUUGCUAUUUUAAGAUUUCGUGCCAGUGCUCCAUAUGAGGAUAUAGCUUUUAAAGUGGUAAACAGAGAAUGGGAAUAUUCAUACAAACGUGGAUUUCGCUGUCAGUUCACCAAUAAUAUCUUCCAACUCUGGUUUCAUUUUAAACGAUUUCGUUACAGAAGAUAGACUGGAUAUUCAAGAUAGACAGUUUAAUAUUAUAGUUGUAUUGACAAUGACAAUGGGGCUGGAUAUUCAAGAAGGUAUUCCAAAAUAAGGAAGUUGAAUAAAUUACAAUAUAGAAGGAGGAGGAAGAAGAAUAUUAAAAUAUGUACGAGUAAACAAAAAAGAAGGUUAUUCCUAAAUAACGCGAUAUUGACAAUACCGUUAAGGCUGGAUAUAUUCAAGUCGUUAUUUCUAUAUAAGGAAGUUGAAUAAAAUUACAGUGUAAAUAGAGACGGAGAAGAAUACUUGUUCAAGUAACAAGAACGUAAUUACACGAGGAAAUCAAGAUAAGAUUAAUAUGAAUAAGACCCUGUGUACAACUGGGUCAGGGCUCAUAUUUUAACAGGUCUGACAGUUAAACAUUCCAGCUUGUCAUAUGCUCUAAAUUUAAUUCUGGUUUAAAUAUAUGAAAUGACAUAAAAUGGAGUUUAAAGCAAGCCUGGAAAUAACGGUUUUAGAUGUACCCGACAAAAUGUCCGGCACUAAUGAAAUAGUACCCGACAUUUUCAACUUAGUGUCGGACAUGUAUUAAUAAUAUCAAUAAAAAAGACAAAUCAUUGCUGAAAAAAUGACAGGCACCAGCGGUUUUGUGCCUGACAAACCCUGAAUCUGUGCCCGACAUUGUCUGUGACAGGUGCCUUAUUUCCAGGCUUGGUUUAAAGAUACUUUCUCAGAAACGUAUUUAUCAGGUGGUUAUUUCUAAAAAAAAAAUGUAUGGCAAUUUUGGUAUAUAUGGAAUGUAGAAAUAUCCAAUCUUACUAGAAAAAUAUUGGAUUCCCUUAAAAACACUCAUGGGAUACAUACAGGACAAAAAUGUAAGGGUUUCCGUAAUCGACAGCCCGACGAUUACAUGAAGGAAUGUCUGCUUGCGUCAUGUCAAAGGUAGCACGCGAAGAUUGAGCGCUUGAUGUAUAUGGUGAUAAACUUUAUGAAGAGUUAGACAUACAACACUUUCUGAGAUAAAAACCAUGAAAAAAGACGUGGGCAGUGGAUAAUCUGAGAAUUUAAUUAGGCUUCUACAUUUAUGAUUUAUGGAUAGCGAUUAAAGACAACAUCGUCUUGUGUAUGCAAUAAAUUCUCCUCUGGCUUCGCACCCAAUUCUAGGUAGUGCGUCAGCUAAGUCACGUGUCACAAACAUGACUUCUUUUAAUAGAUUUUUUAUAGUAGGGGUAUUCCCUCACGAAAACAGUGUUUUGAGAAGGAUUUGAAUAUGUUUUUAGUCCAAAUACAUCAUCAAAUCACUGAGUUUGUACACAGGAACGUAUCUUUAACAUCCUCCUGUUCUGCUUCGACUGGGCUAAUGAAGACAAGCAUACGCCAUACAGUGUACUAUGAGGGAUAUAUGGAUGAAACCUACAUUCAAUCCACGUUUCAGUGAAAUAUAAAGGAAAUUAAAGUUAAUAUUUCUGUCUUGUUUGUUUUUUUAGUCAGUCAUAUAAGUAAAGAGAAUAAUAUGAUGUAUAAAUGUAAAUAUUGAUGAACAUCUGUAUAUAUAAUCUAUAAAUAAACAUCUACAUCCAUCUUGAA